AUGGCAUCCAAACGCAGGAGCAUCGAUGGAAUUCUAGCUUCAUCAGCGUCGGGAACAAGCUUACUCGUUCUAAUCCAAAUAUUUUCCAAGGGUGUGACAUUUGCCGCAAAUCAAGUUCUCUUACGAAACAUCUCCCCAACGACAUUGGGGAUAUCAAUGCACCUCGAUCUGUACUCGGUUACCGCACUGUACUUUUCUAGAGAGAGCAUCAGAAUUGCGAUACAGAGACAACCACCAGAUGAUCUCACCACCAAAGAAGCGGUUUCCGUCUCAGAUAACGGUCAAGCUUCGGAGCUGAAGCAUCAAGCUCGAGAUGCAGAUGCCGCGUUAGCGUCCAAAAACAGGGCUUCCCAAGUCAUUGUGAAUAUGUCUUAUGUGUGUCUGGGACUUGGGUUUCCACUUGUCUACUUGCUUGCUACCAGCUAUCUCCAUGUUGCGCAAAACGAAGUCACGGAAUGCCCUUUCUUUGGAGAGAGUCUCCUUAUUAUGGGACUUGCUUCACUGCUAGAGCUUGCCACAGAGCCUUUCUUUGCCGUGGUACAGCAACGUAUGCUCUACAGAACGCGGGCGUUAGUUGAAAUGAUAGCAGCUAUCAUCAAAAGUCUUCUAACAUGUGCCGUUGCUGUCUGGGCCUCUCAUGUUGGGCGGGAGGUUGGAGUCUUGCCAAUGGCCCUGGGAUAUUUAGGCUACUCUCUUGCCCUCAUGUCGAGCUAUCUUGUUACAAUGCUUCCAGUCUCUCGCCAGGAAAACUUCUCCUUCUGUCUCGUUCCUGUGGAUUCAAGUGAUGGAACGCAUUAUCUGGCAAGCCGAUUUUCACAGCCCCUGGUGUCACUGGGGGCUAGUGCCUUCUUUCAAUCUGUUGUAAAGCACAUACUCACCCAAGGUGAUUCCAUGAUCCUUGCGGCAAUGUCCAGUCUGGAAGAUCAAGGAGUAUAUACGUUUGCAUCUAAUUACGGUGGUUUGAUUGCGCGCAUAAUCUUUCAGCCCGUCGAAGAUAGCAGUCGCAAUCUAUUUUCCAAACUUCUGGCUUUUGGGAACAAUUCAAAACCGGAUCCUGAAGCCCUGGCAGCGGCUAAAGCCCAUUUAAUUGAUAUUAUCCACGUAUACUGGAUACUAACCAUUUUAGCAUUUGUCCUCGGCCCAACUUUUCUGCCUUUGAUCCUGCAUCUCUUGACUGGGUCUCGAUGGGCAUCACCAAAAGUUGAUAGUCUGCUCUCGGUAUACUGCUACUAUAUCGCAUUCCUGGCCUUCAAUGGGAUCACGGAAGCUUUCGUGUCAUCGGCCGCUGACUCUCGAGAGUUGAGGCGACAAACAAUAUGGAUGAGCUUCUUCUCUGCCUGCUUUGCAGCUGCGGCCUUCUUUUUUCUCAACGUUGGCGGACUGGGUGCCAAUGGAUUAGUAUGGACUAACAUUGUCAACAUGUCUCUACGGAUAACCUGGAGCUAUUUCUUCAUUAAGUCAUACUUUGGCCGUCACGGAAUUAGCUUGAAUCUAUCGGAAAUAAGUCUCGGAUAUCACACUUAUGGCGCAGCAAUGGUUAUGCUAUCUGUUAUGCAUGCUGCCCAGUAUCGACAAGGGACAGGUCUCUCAGGGCUUAUAAAAGCAAUUGGCUCCGGGAUAGUUUUCACAGCUGUGAUAUUCUAUCUUGAGAGAAAUUUUAUAAUCAAGAAAUACAUGGCUAUCCGUGGAAUGAGAAGCCUGCAGGGAUCAAAUUAG